AGGUACUACGAUUCGAAGAGUACAGAACCUACUCAGUGACCAGAUCUGCUUCUAUACCAGAACAUCACCAGAUUGUAACAAAGAUGCCAUUUGACUUAGCAAAAUGGAACGGAACGUGGAAGCAAGGCAACCGUUCGGACAACUAUCAACAGAUUAUGGAGAAACUUGGUGUUCCCGCUGAGGGAAUUCAGAAGUUCAUGGAAAGCGAACUGUCGAUGGACGCGACGCUUUCUGGGAACGUUCUGACGACUAAGGUGGGAUUCCUGGGGAAAACUAUCGAGAACUCCAACACACUGGGUCAGGAGGGGAAGGAGACAGGCGCCAUGUCUAACACGAUCGCGACGGUGUGGAGUAUGGAGGGAGACUACCUGAUUGCGGUGUACCCUGACUUUGACGGGAAAGGUCUCGUUGUGUCACAGAAACGACGCUUUGUCGACGACAACAAAAUCAUGACCGAAAUGAAAGCAGGUGAUCUGGAGGGGUGGGUAGAGUACAUCCGGUGUUAGUGCUCUAUGACGUCACUGCCACUCCGAAUCUGCGGCGGCAAAUGUUUGAAGAGUUGUGAUUUAGCUGCUGGAUUUUUCUUUGUACAAUGUACAACAAUGUCAUGUUGUCGUUUGUUUGUUUGUUUGUUUGUUUGUUUUAUUCGGAUCCACAUCAGUGUUUUGACACUAUUCUUCCUCGGGUUCCUUUCAAUACAUCAUAAUCAAAUAAAAUAUUAAUAGCAAAACUUGUACAAAUGGUAUAUGGAAAAUACAAAAUAACAACGUAAAUUAAUAUUUCCAAAUAUUAAAUCAUUAUAUUAAAACGUAAAUUAAAUAGGAGAGGUCAGAGGUCAACAAAGAAAACAAAAUAAUUUAUUACAGUGCAUUAUAAGCCUAAUGAACGUUUUUUUUAAUGAAUUGACAUUUAGGUUAAGAUGGUGGUCAUGUCUUUUAGGUUAGUUUUAUGUGAUUUAAUACGCUGUUU